GAGUCGGGACAACGGUCCGGGCAGGGAUCGCAGCGUCAAGACCCAAGCGCCGCGGGUUGUAGGAGUAGUGCCAGUGUGGGGAGCGUGUGAAGAGGAAGGGGAGGAGAGAGAAAGCUCCCUAAUACCGAAAGGCGUAUUUGUCUGUCUGACAACGAGACUCUUGGACAGUUGAUCUAGCCCCAUGUAAGAACUCUGUUCGCCAUUUAACAGGACCCCCCAGGUCGGACUUUUUCCAGCCAUGCGAUUUCUGAGAUAUAGCCAAUCAUCUGAACGAUACUUCUUAUCCAUGUCAACCACGGGAUAGAAAUACCAAAGGCGAACCUAUAUCUGUGUUUGUCCAUUUGCAAGAACAACCAUGGCCCGUACGGAACCGAUUGAAAUGGAGUGUGUAACGCAGCACCUGACAUUCGCUGGGAGCCCUAUGAUUUUGGGCAAUAGCAUCAGCGACAUCAGUGAUAGCACGGGUAAUCUCAACAGCAGUGAUAGUACAGGCAACAGCGACAGCAAUGAUAGCACGGGCAACAGCGACAGAGCCAGCAACCGCAGCACCAGCAGCAACAGAAGCAACAACAAUAGACUUGAUACUCAGGAAACGAGACUGGAGAGCGCAAUGUUAUACCAAAUAUCUUCGAUGAAUCGAUUUUAUACUCGAACCAUCGUUCUGGUCUUCAUCCCACCUCUCGUGGCCGCUUAUUUCGUGGUCAUAUGGCUAGUGCUUCUGCGAAAAGGCGCCGAUCCCGCGGUCAAAUUUGCCUCUAUUUCUGAACUAUGGGUGUUUUACUCAUGGUUUGUUAUUUGUACAUUCGGUAUUGGAUGGUCCAAAUAUGGACUCGCUGGCGUCGAGGUGGCGAUGCUUCAAAGUCGCCUCGUGGACAAGAAGACCCUUUACAUGCACAGUGGCAACAGCUGGAGCGGACCAGAUGGCUGGAUAAGUUGCUUAGGUCGCUUGCUCCGGGGCAAGGAAAGUCAAGUUCAUCGCCUGUGGUACUUCCUAUCAGCUCUCAGCCUGCUCCCGUUUGUCGCCCUCCCUAUAUCUGGUCUUUGCAUGGAGUUGUCUGAUGGAUACAUCUUCUCGUCCUCUGCGCCCUGGGUGAUUGGCCGCCAGUGGGAUAACUUCAACAACCGACAGCUAGAUCAGAUCAGCUCCCGGGCUCGAAGUCGAUGGGAGACGGGAGCUUCGGCCGUCCUCCCCGGAAUCGGCAUUCUUCAUACACCACCUCAUACACGCCGUGAGAAGUUCAAUGGCCUACGCAAUCUCCCCAACAUAUUCCCCCUCGACGAAUUGCCAUCGGAAUUCUUCAUAAGUCCGCAGGCAAGAACACCAUUCGACGGUUCCGCUUGGGGUCUGCGCAUAGAGUACAACUGCUCGAUAGUGCGCGACGCUUCGGAAUUCACGAUUAUCUCGGACCGAUCCAACAUCAUCAAGCAACCCACAUCAAAUAAUAUCACGGAAAGGGAUGUGAUUGUAAAUGCCGGCUCUCAGGGUAAUGUUUAUGUCUCCAAUAGCCGCAGCGGAGACUCUACGCGAUCCCAUAAUCUUUUUGCUUAUAUCGAGAUGGGCGUCAGCAACUCAUCUAACCAGCCUCCAGCAUACGACGGAGCAGAGCUCGAAACUGUCAAUAUCUUAGAGUUAGCUCUAUGGCAAAUGAGAACACAAAGCGGCUAUGAAGAAGAGACGCAGGGCUUCCCGUUCGACGAAGGCAUCGACGUACCACUGAAAGGCAUGGGACAGCCCUUCAUCCAGCUUCCCAACGGAACAUUCACGAACAACGAAACUUUCUUCGAAGCCUACAAUACAAGUGAUGCGCUCGAUGACUUUGCGUCUCCCGACAAGAAGAUCCUAUACCUAGCCCCGCCUAUCGGGUUAAGAUGCAAUCGCCUCUCAACCCUCGGAUUUGCAGAGCUCGCAGUGAAAGCCAGUACAUAUCAUAACUUUACGAGAACACAACCGCCCGACUUUGAUAUAGGAAGAGAGGAAGGUCGAACGCCAAUCUUUGGCUAUACUACUCGUGACAUACUCCGCUAUCAAUAUUUGAUGUACUUCGAUUCAAUUAAUCUACCUCCCCCUAGAACAGUUUCCAACUCGGUCUACUAUACCAGGUUCCUCCAAGCAGUUUCGAGAAUUCUUAUCCCAACACGUACUUGACAUCCUCGAAACCAGGAAAGGUCCUUACGCCCGGGGUAAUCCCUGCUGUGUUUCCUGCCAUCUUUUUUCUGAUCUGGGCUAUCGCUUGUAUCGUCCUUGGGGCGAGAUAUGGGUUCGUUCGGCGCUGCUCCGAUACAUUGGAUAUACAAUAUCUGCUUGAACUCGACAAGUCAGACAAGGAUGCACCGGAUACCAAAGCACCUGAAAGCCGCUAAGACGAAGAAAGGUGAUCCGAAAUCAAAUGGCAAGGUGACUUAGAAUGGACAGGGGAAGGAGUUUUGACAGAUGAAAACAUUAAUAGGUUUUUGACAUCGCUUAGAAGACUUUGGGAUUUAAAAAUGUUGUUUAGAUUUGGGUUCCAUGGUAUUAUAUCUAUUGUAGAAUAGCUUCAUACUGACUGAGUUCAAUAAUUUUAGCCACCGAAUAGAAUCUUCCAAGUUCCUACUAAGACAGUCACAUAGCUUCGAAAAUAAUCU